CGGCCGAAGUUGGGGGGGGUGGGGCGCCGAGCGCGCGGGGUGGGGGGGGGUCCUGGUCUUUGGCUUCUCGACUCGGUCCUGUUUCGACAGCGAACAUGUCUCGGCCUGUCAGAAAUAGAAAGGUGGUUGAUUAUUCACAGUUUCAGGAAUCUGAUGAUGCUGAUGAAGAUUAUGGAAGAGAUUCAGGGCCUCCAGCUAAGAAAAUUCGGUCAUCUCCCCGAGAAGCUAAAAAUAAGAGGCGAUCUGGAAAGAAUUCACAGGAAGAUAGUGAGGACUCCGAAGAAAAAGAUGUGAAGACCAAGAAGGAUGAUUCUCACUCAGCAGAGGACAGUGAAGAUGAAAAAGAAGAUCAUAAAAAUGUGCGCCAGCAACGGCAGGCAGCCUCUAAAGCAGCUUCCAAACAGAGAGAGAUGCUCAUGGAGGACGUGGGCAGCGAAGAAGAACAAGAAGAGGAAGACGAGGCACCGUUCCAAGAGAAAGAUUCCGGCAGCGAUGAAGAUUUCCUCAUGGAAGAUGAUGAUGAUAGUGACUAUGGCAGUUCAAAAAAGAAAAACAAAAAGAUGGUUAAGAAGUCCAAACCUGAGAGAAAAGAAAAGAAAAUGCCCAAACCCAGGCUAAAGGCUACAGUGACUCCAAGCCCUGUGAAAGGCAAAGGGAAGGUGGGUCGCCCCACAGCUUCCAAGGCAUCAAAGGAAAAGACUCCUUCUCCCAAAGAAGAAGACGAGGAACCAGAAAGCCCUCCAGAAAAGAAACCCUCUGCCAGCCCUCCACCUGAGAAAUCUGGGGAUGAAGGGUCUGAAGAUGAAGCCCAGUCUGGGGAGGAUUAAAAAAGUGAUGAUGGUUUGGGGAGAGAUUUUAUUAAAAAAAAAAAGAGAAAAAAAAAAAAGAAAAAAGAAAAAGGGGGAAAAAAAACUUACUUAAGAUAGAACAUGGUUUUGGCUAUGGCUUGACUCAUGGGCUUUCAAUGCUUUUUCCCUUUUCUUGAAAAUAACAUUCUCUGUCUUUCUCUCUCUCUCUCUCUCUCUCUUUUUUCCAAGAAAACCAUUGUAUGUUUAAUUUACUUUUUUGUCUUUUGGUCUUUUCUUUGCCGUCACCCCUCUUUCCCACCCCUUCCCAAUGAAAGCCAUGUCAAAGUAAUCACUGGAUUGACUGCUUCAUCUUUUUAUUUUUAAUGGAAGGUAUACCACAGUUGUAAAGCAAUAAGAUUUGAGGUGAACGCUAUGGAAAUUUUGCUUUUUGCUAAACGGUAGCAAGUUGAACCCUAAUCAAAAAACAUAGAAGGGGUUUAGUUAAAAAUGAUUGCUUCUUUCUCUACCUGGACUUAAAAAAAUCAGUUGUCAUCUAAUACAAGUUUAUAUGUCUAUAUACACAAGUAUAGAUGUCUACAAAAAAUCAUGAUGUUACACUUCCACUGAUGGGGCAGGUAGGAGAUAAAGCUGAAUGCUGAAUUCUGAAUUGUUACUAAAAGUAUUCAUAUUUUUUACCGAGGGAGCAGGGCAGGGAAUGGGGUCACCUGACCUUGUGUGAGGGGGUGGGUUUGUUUUGUUUUGUUUUAUUUUGUUUUGUUUAAUUCCGUCACCUGUUAUCUCAAAGAGACCGGGAGCCAGUGAUCCUUUUACCCUGCUACAGUCUUUCAGGAACUUUAAAAAAAAAAAAAAAAAAGCAAACAAAAAAACACAAGGGCCACCAAAACUUAAGUCACUCUUGAUUUCCUAUUUCAUUCUCUAGUGGUUCAUGUUUUUAAAUAUAUAUGUAUCUAUUCUGUUUCUUGGAUAAAAUUUUACCAAGGAUCAAAAAAACCCACAAAAAACAAAAACAAACCUAGAAUUUAAAUGGCAAGAUCUAUACACCAGAGUGGAUUUCUUCUUAACUGACAAUGUUUAGGUUUUAAGCAAAUAAAGUACCAAUUAAUGUGAAACUCAAUCACAGAGACUUGAGAUUUUUCCUUUAUGAAAACCGAAAAUUGAAAUUCUUUUAUGCCGUAAGUGUGCAUUCAGAUCCCAUGAACCAUGCUCUGUUUUUAUUUGGGGAAAGAACAUUUUUCUCUUCAUACACCUGCCUUCCCAUUUCUCCGCAGACACAUGAAGCGCAUCUCUGGGCUUCCCGCUACUAUGUGGGGUACCACUGCUUACCCACCCGAGAGCCUGCCAGCUCUGAUUUCUCCUGGCUCCUUUCUUCACUUCAUAUUCCCUGCUUGAUUGGGAGUCUGUUAAAUGCUGCUCCCACACUCUUUGAUUUGCUUUUGUCUUUCUGCUGGUGCCCCUUUUGCGUAAAGCCAAAGUGGAAGGGGCUCAGGGCUAGAGAAACCAUGUGUUUAGGAGGCCUGUGUGCACCGAGAAUAGACUUUACAUGCCUUAUGAAAGCAGUCAGGACAGGGGUCCGUAGGUUGGAUCCUCUGCAUCCUGAUACCAUGAGCUAAAGGGAGCAAGGUUUAGGGGUCUUAGUGUGCUACUAAGUUGAAAACAUGGUUGAGGUUUAACCUCUGCCUUCUUAUCUAGGUUUGCUGCUUCGAUAUAUCCUAUGCGGUUUUCCUUCUAUCUUUUAAGUUAGAGCAUGUUUUUCUCUCAGACGACGUGGCUUUCUUGCAGAUGUUCCUAGGACAAAAGGUUAUUUAAGGAAUAUUUUUACUCUGAUUUUUAAGACACUUUAAGGACUAUCCUUCCUCUGUGACUUUUUAAAAUAGCGCCCAGUGGCAGAGUCAUUUCACUGCCGGGCACUGCGUGUGUUAAAGAAUGGAUUUGGAGAUUUUAGUACUUGGCCAAAAAUGCAAAACUUGAACCUAAGUAGCGGUUGGAUUAUUACCUUCCACGAUGGUUAACUUUAUAGUUGUGAACUUUGUAAUGAGGGUGUUAAAGAUUAUUCUAUUUGGUUUAGUGGGUUUGUUCAGGUAGCCAAUUUUAACAAGAAGGUUUGUGUUCAUACAGUAACAGACCUAUCAGUGUUUCCACCAUGCACUUCUGUUUUUAGGGGUUUAUAACUUUAAGUCCUACAUUCCUAGUAACAUUUGGACUUUUCUUAGGUUAUGUUUCGUGAAGAUUGGGGUGCGGGGGGGGGGGUCUUUUAAAACUUUAGCCUCUGUAUUUUAUGUAACACAGUCUCUUUAUAUAUUAAUCUGCACUAACAUCUCUGUGAUAUACGCUCAUUCUUUAGAGGUAAUCCUGACUUCUAGGUUAUUUUGUGCAUUUGGUUGGGAUCCCUUUUUUAAAAAUUAAUUGAUGAGAUUGAAAAUGUCUUCUAUAUUUCUAAUGGACUAGACAAAAGGAUCUGUGUCCCCAAGUGAGACAGGCUCUGAAUGACCUUUGUUCUCUCCGCUUUUUAUCGAUGAUUUGAAAACGCUCCAGUCCUCCCUUCAAAUCAUGCAUGCGUAUAGGAGGACGACUGUUGGUGGCUCAACUGGAAACAGGUGCUCAAUAGUCAGGUUUGAUGGCGAUGUCAGGACAAGGUAGAAGCUGUUAGUGACUGGCCGUUGGCACCACCCUUGACUAACCCCCUGUGUUUCCCUCCAGCGCGCCUGUGGCGAAGUGGCCGUGGCGUCGUUCAGGGUCUCGUUUGCAGUGCUCAGGAAGUGGGACGUACACUUGGAAGGUGCUUGUUUGCCAUUACCUGGAUUCUGUUCGCUCUGUUAGGUUUACCUCUGGAGCAUGGAUUUCGGCAGCUGUGCUGACACUACAUUCUAGUUCUUAAGACCCUUAAUUUCCAGACUUCCCUCCCCGACAGACACAGCUAGAAAUGGGCGGCUUCCAUCUUCUUAAACCCGUGACGUUUUCAUCCCUCCCCACCUCAGAUUGGAAUCAAUGGAGCGGGCCCAGAGAUGACACUUGAGUUUCGGUGAUGGUAGAUUUGUCCUGCUUUUUGAAACCUCUCUCCCUUUCAUAUCCCCACUGCCGGUGGAGUCCAUGAAGUGAAAUGAGUGGGUGUGUCCUCCUUUAGGGAGGUAACAGUGGAAGACUUAAUCCGAUUUCCCACAAGGGAGCUUGGAUACUGAUUGUUUGUUUGUUUGUUUGUUUGUUUUUCACAGUACCUGGUUUGCCCCAUUUCAGUCUUCAGUACUUACUCUUGGCACUGGUUGAAAUAGCAUUUUCUUACAAGUAGCUAAUGAAGAGUGGAAUCUGAGGUUAUGAUCCAGUAGAGUUUUUGACACUUGUGGAAAUGGUCAGCCAGACUGAACUUGAGCUUUUUUUUUUUUUUUUUUUUUUUUUUAACUUUUCUUCUUUUAUCCAGGAACAUUCAAGUAACAGGUGGAUUUUAAGGGUACUGGUUGGAAGAAGGAACUGCUUUUCUCUAAACCAGUUUAGGAGAUGCUUUGAGAGUAGUAGUAAGGCAAGAACAGAAUCUACCAGGAGCAACAGGGAAAGCUUUAUAAAAGAUCAUGUGGCCAUUGUUGUUCUAAAGAGUGGGAGUUUUGAUUUGAAUAGUUCUUUCUGUUCCUGCAUCGCCAGUAGCUGCACUGUGAAGAAACUGUCACCUUAGGCAUUUGGGAAGGA